CUCCACUCCACCCCACCAGGCUGCUGGAGUCCUGGGACCCACCCGGGUCUGCAGCCCAAAUCCUUCCUUGCUAAGGACAGGGCGUGGAGGGGUGUUCCAGGGGCUGGGUGGGAAGGGGGGCUUGGGCGGGAUUGUGACAUAAGAUCACCCUGGUAACAUGGAGCAGAACUGGACCCAAUGCUAAUAAAGGUAGUGUAAAUAAAGGUGUCAUAAAGGAUGGGGCGGGGCACGUGCUUGUCAGGGACACCAGCCUCUAGGGUCUGCCAGAAUGGUUCCUGCUCAAUGCACAGAAACAGCGCUUCUCAUGUCUGGGCUAAGUCUCUGGGCCCUAUGGCCCCUCCUCACGUGGCUAAUAGUCCAGGAGGCUCAGCCUCUGGAGUGGGUCAAGGACCCGCUCCAGCUGACCUCUAACCCCCUGGGGCCGACUGAGCCCUGGUCUUCCCGCCCCUCCAAUCUCCCAUGGGAAUCUCUCCAUGGGCUUAGUUCCCCGGCAGACCCGGGGGGCUUUGAUUACCUGGGGUCCUCUGCUUCCUCCCAGAGGUCAACCCCACCCCAGGAAUUGGCUGAGAAUUUGGUCCAAUUUCUGGACCCAGCUAGAGAGCUGCCCCCGGAGCCUGAGCACUCUUGGCAAGAAAGGCUCCCAGAGGAUAUUCUGUAUCCCGGCAGCCUGCCUCCAGAACUCCAGGUGAACUUGGAUGAGCCUCCAGGUCCUCCUGUGGAGCCUGAACUUUCCCCCAGUGAGCAGGAGCAGCCAGCUCAGCCUUCUGAAUCUUCUGGGGAGCUUGAACCUUCUCAGACCCAGGAGGAGACCCUAGCUCAGCCUCCAGAAGAGAUGGAACCUUCUGCAAUCCAAGAGAAGACCCCAACUGAGCCUCCAGGUCCUCCUAUGGAGCUUGAACUUCCCCCCAGUGAGCAGCAGCAGCCAGCUCAGCCUUCUGAGUCUUCCGGAGAGCUUGAAUCUUCUCCAGCCCAGCAGGAAGCCACAGUUCAGGCUCUAGAGCCCCCUAAGGAGGUAGAACCUUCAAGCAAGCAGAUGGUCCCAGCUCAGCUCCCAGAGCCAUCUAAGGAGGUUGCAGCUCAACCUCCAGCUCAUGAGGUGACACUUCCAUAUCCAGACCGUGUUCAGACUCAGCAUUCAAACCUGACUCAAACCACAGUUCAACCUUUGGAUCUGGAGCUUACCAUCACUCCUGAAUUUACUACAGAGGUUAUACCUUCCACAGCCCUGACGACUACAGCUCCUCCUCCAAAACACCCUGAGGUGACACUUCCACCUUCACCCAAGGGUCAGGCUCAGCAUUCAAACCUGACUCAUCUCACAGUCCAACCUUUAGAUCUGGAGCUUACCAUUGCUCCUGAAUCCACUACAGAGGUUGAACCUUCCACAGCCCUGACGACUACAGCUCCUCCUCCAAAACAGCCUGAGGUGACACUUCCACCUUCAGACAAGGGUCAGAGUCAGCAUCAAAACCUGACUGAAGUCACACGUCCACCUACUGAACUAGAACCUACUCAGGAUUCACUGGUGCAGCCUGAAACUUACACCCAAAAUAGGGUUUUAACUGUACGGAAAGAACAGGCCUCCACAAGCACCAACAUAUGUGACCUCUGUACCUGCAGAGAUGAGACGCUGUCGUGUAUUGCUCUCAGCCCGAAGCAGAGGCUCCGCCACGUGCCUGUGCCAGAGCUGAACACCUACUACAGCAACUUCACGAUCUUGAAUUUACAAGGAAACUAUAUUUCUUAUAUUGAUGGAAAGGUAUGGAAGGCAUACCAUUGGACCGAGAAACUAAUUCUCAGUGAAAAUUAUUUGACUGAAUUACGUAAGGAUUCAUUUGAAGGCCUGCUAUCCCUGCAGUAUUUAGAUUUAUCCUGCAAUAAAAUACAGUCUAUUGAAAGACAUACAUUUGAAUCACUACCAUUUUUACAGUCUAUAAAUCUUGGUUGCAAUUUACUCACAGAACUGAGCUUUGGAACAUUUCAGGCCUGGCAUGGAAUGCAGUUUUUACACAAUUUGUAAGUGAAAUAGAAAAUGAAUAUGUGUAAACAACUAUUUACAUGUGAAAACCUCAUACAAUUAUUGGUUAGCUGGGUAUAAGCCCAUUACGAACUCUGAAAAGUAUGUCUUAAGAUCCAUUCGUUUUUCUCAAAUGGGGAAACUAAGGCACAAAGGCCAGGAGACUUACUUACAUAGCUUAUAUAUGACUUGCUCUGCUUUUCCUAGUUCUGACCUUUGGCAUGGGCAAGAAAAGGCAUCAAACAAAUGACCCUCAAAUUAGCCUUGUUGACAGGUGUGGUGGCUCAGGCCUAUAAUCCCUGCAUUUUGGGAGGCAGAGGCAGGCAGAUCACCUGAGGUCAGGAGUUCAAGACCAGCCUGGCCAACACAGUGAAACCCCAUCCCUACUAAAAACACAAAAAAACUCAGCUGGGCAUGGUGGUGCAGUUUUUUGCUCCCUGGAGGACUUUGUGUUAAGCUUCCUUCCUUGUAGCUAAAUGUUGCAGACGUUUCAGCAGUUAGAAACUGUGCAUAGGUGCAGGAAUCAAAGUUAAAUCCAAAGUGUAGGGCCACGUAUGGUGGCUCACACCCGUAAUCCCAGCACUUUGGGAGGCCGAGGCGGCUGGAUCACCUGAGGUCACAGGUGUUCAAGACUAGCCUGGCCAACAUGGCAAAACUUGUCUCUACUAAAAACACAAAAAUUAGCAGGGCAUAGUGGCACGUGCCUGUGAUCUCAGCUACUCGGGAGACUGAGGCAUGAGAAUGGCUUGAACCCAGGAGUCAGAAGUUGCAGUGAGCCGAGAUUGUGCCACUGUCCUCCAACCUCUGCCAGGCUAGUCUUGAACUCCUGUGACCUCAGGUGAUCCACCCACUUCAGCCUCCCAAAGUGUUGGGAUUACAGCUGUGAGCCACUACACCUGGCCAAGAUGGUGUUUAUGUUAAGUUAUGGUGCAAAAAAUAAUUUGUAAAGAAAAUACAUCACCAUAGCUUAAUUUCAUAUACUUUCCUGACUACUCUUUGACCAUAAAUACAAAUUUUAUUCCCUUGCAGCUCAAAAAUUCUGUGAUUUCUCUGUAUAACAUAACCGGCAAAUCAGAGUGGGUAUGUUCAAUGGCCUGAAGGGGGCUUUAGACUCAAGGUGAAGAUUCUCCUUUACAUCUGACUUUAGAAAGGACUUUCCACCUCUCUUGAGUUUCAGAAGUCUAGUUUCACACAGUUCAUUUCGAGGUAGAGGGAGGCGUUCAGGAAGUGUCUGGACGAGAGCAACAGUUUCUGCAGAUGCUCCUCUCUGUCCUCAUUAAUUUGCUGAUGCCUAACUUAGGAAAAAGACACUGAGGGUCUGUUUUUCUUUUGCCCUCACAUCAGAGAACAGGCUCAUUAGGUCCCUCCACCAAGAGGUGUAGGUAGCAUUAAUAAAAUGUCUUAAACUCACCACUGUUACUAAGCACUUUAUGAUACGGAGAGUCCCUCAUAAGAAUCUGGUGGCCGGGAGCAGUGGCUCACACCUGCAAUCCCAGCACUUUGGUAGGCUGAGGUGCGUGGAACCCCAUCUCUACUAAAAGUACAAAAAUUAGCUGGGUGUGGUGGUAGGUGCCUAUAAUCCCAGCUACUCAGGAGGCUGAGGCAGGAGAAUCACUUGAACCCAGGAGGCAGAGGUUGCAUUGAGCCGAGAUCAUGCCAUCGCACUCCAGCCUGGGCAACAGAGUUCGACUCAGUCUCAAAAAAAAUAAUAAUUUGGCCAGCUUCACUGCAAUUAUGUAGGCAACACCAAGAAAACACUGGAAUCACAGCUGAUAAAAAUGAAUGAAUUCACUCAAAAACAUUCAUUCAGUGCCAUGUCCAUUUGUGCCAGGUACUGGUACUGAGUACUGGGGGUACAAAAAUCUGUCUUAAAGACACACCAAGAUGGAGACUGUCAUACCUCAAGAAGGAAGCAGAUGCUGAUGGGAAAACAUAGGACAGCUAUGUGGGCAUCUGUACAGCAGGGUGACAAGGGGAGGACAAAGUAGGAAUGGGUGGUGGGUUAAGGAAGACUCGAGGAGACACCACCUUGCUUAUCUCGAGCUUCUGUGUUCAUCUUAACAGAAAAAGGCAUUUGCUUCAUGGUGAUGAGAAAAAUCAGAGCUAGCUGAUACUGGAAAUUAGUACUCAUUUCAUAUAAGCAGAAUAGAGCUGUACCCUUCAAACUAAGACACAGUUACUUUCAAAGAUUGACACAACAGUCUCAACACAGCAAGUUUAUGUUGGGGACUGGGCUCCUUUGUUUGGAGUCAAAUUUUUCUAGUAAAGCUACAUUGCAGAAUCAUAUUUGGCAUAUGUGACAUAUAGCCCCAUUGCAUUUUGUUCCAAAGGCAAAUUGCCAAGUAAUUUUUUGACCAAUAUGGCACCAUUCUGUGGUGUUUGUAAGUUGAAAGAAUGUAUUUUCCUGCAUUACUUAAGUUUGAAGAAAAAAAAGAGGCCCCAGCUGUGGUGGAUUGAUGGUGAACUGAAAAGGGCCUAAGCUUCAGGACUUCUCACUUGCACAGGCCCCUUCCAAGGUUCUGGGAGGGCCCUUGGCAAAUUUUGUAUUCAUCAUUUUUUAUGUUUUCACUAGAUAAGGUUCAGACCCCACAAAAUUCUGAAAUAGCCCCUGGGUUCCAAAAGUUACAACCCAGUAAAUUUCUUGAAUGAAGCAUCUACGUUAUUGACAAAUACUGACUGGCCAAGUUAGUGUGGUAGCGUCAGUCUCUUUUGAAUCUGAAAUCCAUCUCAAAGGCAUACCAAGAGCUUAUUAGUGGACUUAACUGGGUUCUGCUGGCCCAAGCGCAGUAAAGCCAAACAGCUAUAUCAAGGGUUUGUAUUGGGGAAAGGAGGGCAUUUAUUUGCAAGGCAUUCAAGUAAGAAGGACCAGGCAGCUAACAAAGUCCCCCUCUGAAUGGUAGCAAUAAUCAUGAAUGAAUCAUGAAUGAUUACAGAUGAAAUCAUGAAUGAAAUGGUUUAUGGAAAACCAGCAAUGGUUGAUGAUCCUAAAUGUUGAGUAUGUUUAUAUUUUUUCCCUGACUUUAAAGUGCUUCUCCUUCAUUUCCAUACACAGGUCUAGUCUGAUGGCUUAUCUUUAAAAAUUCUUCGUCAUUUCAUUGGUUCUAACAAUACAAACUCCAUAAUUUUAGAAACUGGAUGACUUUGCAAUGUAGAAAGGCUGGAGUGCAGUGGCGCACUCUCAGCUCACCACAGCCUCUACCUCCCAGGUUCAAGCGAUCCUCAGCCUACCAAGUAGUCGGGAUUACAGGUUUUACUCAGAUAGAGCACAUCAAUAUCGUGCCAAGAAUGUAAGCACAAAGAGAGAAGAGGAAAAUCCAGGCUUUAUCCCACUAUCAGAAUAUUAGUGAUGUAGGUGUGGCCACCCUGUGAUGGCAAAUUGAGUCACAAGCAUGCCUUGUUGUUCCCCCCAGUCUGCUGACAUCAGCUUCCUUUACAUAGCGGUAGAUGCACAAAAGUUUGCACAGUUGAGGGUAUUGUCAUCACGUUUUGGUAUGUACUGGAACAGAGAGGCACAAACAUUAAAGAUGAAAAGAACAACUCCGUCUGUCCUUUGGGGUGAUUUAGGGUGGCUGUUUAAAUUUGUAAUUGUUGAAAAGUCUUGAGAUUGUCACACCUGGCAACUCUUAUACUUUUCUUCUCUCACUGCAGCUUAUUCUUCUCCCCUGUGUAACAAGCUGUCUUUUCACAGAAGCUUAGCGUUUUCUUCCUCUGCCCCAUAGCAUUUUUUCAACACUUACAUUUAUUAGGUGCUGUUUAUGUUCUAGACACCUAAGUGCUUAUACAAGUGAGAUAACAUGUCCAAAGUUCUUAGAAUAGUGCUUGGCAUAUGGUAAAUGCUCAAUACAUGUUACCUCCUAUAAGAGCUCAUUUUCAUUUUUCCAACAACUCUGUGAUGUGGAUAUUAUUAUCAUUUCUAUUUUGCAGAUGAGGAAGUUGAAACUCAGAGAUGCUGGGUAAUUUACUUAGGUUCACACGGCUAUUAAGUGGCAGAACCACUUAACAAGCUUUGCAAGUAAUUUUCUAUGCAGCUGUUAGUUCCUCUGUAAUAGGAGCUGAAUGAUGACAAUUUGGCUUUGUGUGCAUCGUAUCCUACUUUGUAACUUGAAUAGGACCUUUAGAGCAGUGACCUUCAUUUCCCUCUGAGAAUCCCAUGCUUCUGGAGCUCCUGACUGUACCACUUCUGGGCAUCCCCAGGAUUUAUGCUCACUGGCCAGUGCUGGUGUGACAUCACGAUGGCUGAGCAUCAUCAUGUGCUGUGUCUAGCCCACUGCUAGGUGCUAUACUCAUUUAUUCAUCAAACUGCCUUGGACUGUAAAUGCUACCCAGAAAGAUUCACGUUCUUACUCAAGUCACUUCACCAGAAAGUGACAGAGCCAGAAUUCAAACCCAGGUCUGCCUGAUUCUCGGUUAUUCUUCAUUGCCAGGGAGUCUUCUUCAAGAUUAUUCUCAAGAGUUUAAGAUAGAGGCUCAUGGCCAGGCAUGCUGCAUCAUCCCUGUAAUCCCAAUACUUUGGAAGGCUGAGGUGGGCAGAUCACUCAAGCUCAGGAGUUCAAGACCAGCCUGGCCAACAUGGUGAAACUCCAUCUCUACUAAAAAUACAAAAAUUAGCCAGGUGUGGUGACAGACACCCAUAAUCCCAGCUACUCUGAAGGCUGAGGCAGGAGAAUCACUUGAACCUGGGAGGUGGAGGUUGCUGUGAGCCAAGAUCAUGCCACUGCACUCCAUCUAAAAAAAAAAAUAGGCUCACCAUUUCAGAUUCUCUAGACUUUGCCCCUGAAAAAGGGUUUAUGUGGUACAGUCAGAGGUCUUGUAUUGAGGAGCUUGGUAUGGAGAGAUGUGUUUUCAUGGAUCAAGGACCUAUGUAGAUGAAUCAAGGAAAGGGAUUACUUUCCUCCCCAAGUACAUCACACAUAUUGGAUGAGGGUCUAGGUCACCUUAUUUCUUUGACUAACUUCCUCCAUGGAACUGCCUUGGGAUUCUAGCAUAGAUCAUUUUGGAGU